ACAGCCAAUCAGCGCUCACGGGCUGCAAGAAUGGCUGAAAAUAGAGAGAAGAGAGGCGGGGACUUGCUCUCUGUGUGCUUGGCUGCUUGUGUCACGUGACGUAGCGGGAACAUGGCGGCGCCGGUGGACGAUGAGUUUGAGGAUGCCCCGGACGUGGAGCCCCUGGAACCCACACUGAGCAACAUCAUAGACCAGCGCUCCCUGAGGUGGAUCUUCGUGGGGGGGAAGGGAGGAGUGGGCAAGACCACCUGCAGGUAAGACGGGAGAGUGGGCUGAACCAAGUGACAUGACAGCUAGGGGGGGGAAAUCCUGCCACGGACUGAACCAUUCCACUGGGGGAGGGGGGAAUACUGACACUGACUGAACCAUUCCACUGGGAGAGGGGGCCACGGACUGAACCAUUCCACUGGGAGAGGGGGGAUCCUGACACCGACUGAACCAUUCCACUGGGGGAGGGGGGAAUCCUGACACUGACUGAACCAUUCCACUGGGGGAGAGGGGGAUCCUGACACCGACUGAACCAUUCCACUGUAAUGCAGCAUAUGAAUCCUUCAUACAGCAGGGCAGCACUUUUCAUUCUGUGCCCUACACUGUGUUUUAGUGAUGUGUCCAGAACAUGUGGCUCUGGCAAGCUCUAUUUAUCCAUCCCCCACGGUGAGCUGGGGCAUAUUUAGUGACCCUAGACUGACCGGUGCGCUGCAAAAUGGGGUUUAAAUCUCCAUAGACAGCAAUGCGGUGUGUGCAGGGUUAAAUCUCCCAUAGACAGCAAUGCGGUGUGUGCAGGGUUAAAUCUCCCAUAGACAGCAAUGCGGUGUGUGCAGGGUUAAAUCUCCCAUAGACAGCAAUGCGGUGUGUGCAGGUUUAAAUUCCCAUAGACAGCAAUGCGGUGUGUGCAGGUUUAAACCCCCAUCAUGUUUAUCUCAGCUGUCAGGACAUUAACUCCCAUCAUGUGUACCCCAGCUGUGUGUGCAGGGUUAAAUCUCCCAUAGACAGCAAUGCGGUGUGUGCAGGUUUAAAUCUCCCAUAGACAGCAAUGCGGUGUGUGUGUGUGUGUGUGCAGGGUUAAAUCUCCCAUAGACAGCAAUGCGGUGUGUGCAGGGUUAAAUCUCCAUAGACAGCAAUGCGGUGUGUGUGCAGGGUUAAAUCUCCAUAGACAGCAAUGCGGUGUGUGGAGGGUUAAAUCCCCAUAGACAGCAAUGCGGUGUGUGCAGGGUUAAAUCUCCAUAGACAGCAAUGCGGUGUGUGCUGGGUUAAAUCUCCCACAGACGGCAAUGCCGUUUGUGCAGGGUUAAAUCCCCAUAGACAGCAAUGCGGUGUGUGUGCAGGGUUAAAUCUCCCAUAGACAGCAAUGCGGUGUGUGCAGGGUUAAAUCUCCCAUAGACAGCAAUGCCGUGUGUGCAGGGUUAAAUCUCCCAUAGACAGCAAUGCGGUGUGUGCAGGGUUAAAUCUCCAUAGACAGCAAUGCCGUGUGUGCAGGGUUAAAUCUCCCAUAGACAGCAAUGCGGUGUGUGCAGGGUUAAAUCUCCCAUAGACAGCAAUGCGGUGUGUGCAGGUUUAAAUUCCCAUAGACAGCAAUGCGGUGUGUGCAGGUUUAAACCCCCAUCAUGUUUAUCUCAGCUGUCAGGACAUUAACUCCCAUCAUGUGUACCCCAGCUGUGUGUGCAGGGUUAAAUCUCCCAUAGACAGCAAUGCGGUGUGUGCAGGUUUAAAUCUCCCAUAGACAGCAAUGCGGUGUGUGUGUGUGUGUGUGCAGGGUUAAAUCUCCCAUAGACAGCAAUGCGGUGUGUGCAGGGUUAAAUCUCCAUAGACAGCAAUGCGGUGUGUGUGCAGGGUUAAAUCUCCAUAGACAGCAAUGCGGUGUGUGGAGGGUUAAAUCCCCAUAGACAGCAAUGCGGUGUGUGCAGGGUUAAAUCUCCAUAGACAGCAAUGCGGUGUGUGCUGGGUUAAAUCUCCCACAGACGGCAAUGCCGUUUGUGCAGGGUUAAAUCCCCAUAGACAGCAAUGCGGUGUGUGUGCAGGGUUAAAUCUCCCAUAGACAGCAAUGCGGUGUGUGCAGGGUUAAAUCUCCCAUAGACAGCAAUACGGUGUGUGUGCAGGGUUAAAUCUCCCAUAGACAGCAAUGCGGUGUGUGCAGGGUUAAAUCUCCCAUAGACAGCAAUGCGGUGUGUGCAGGUUUAAAUUCCCAUAGACAGCAAUGCGGUGUGUGCAGGUUUAAACCCCCAUCAUGUUUAUCUCAGCUGUCAGGACAUUAACUCCCAUCAUGUGUACCCCAGCUGUGUGUGCAGGGUUAAAUCUCCCAUAGACAGCAAUGCGGUGUGUGCAGGUUUAAAUCUCCCAUAGACAGCAAUGCGGUGUGUGUGUGUGUGUGCAGGGUUAAAUCUCCCAUAGACAGCAAUGCGUGUGUGCAGGGUUAAAUCUCCCAUAGACAGCAAUGCGGUGUGUGCAGGGUUAAAUCUCCCAUAGACAGCAAUGCGGUGUGUGUGUAGGGUUAAAUCUCCCAUAGACAGCAAUGCGGUGUGUGCAGGGUUAAAUCCCCCAUAGACAGCAAUGCGGUGUGUGCAGGGUUAAAUCUCCCAUAGACAGCAAUGCGGUGUGUGCAGGGUUAAAUCUCCCAUAGACAGCAAUGCGGUGUGUGCAGGGUUAAAUCUCCCAUAGACAGCAAUGCGGUGUGUGCAGGGUUAAAUCUCCCAUAGACAGCAAUGCGGUGUGUGUGCAGGGUUAAAUCUCUAGCAGCCAUCUGAGUGGCGGUAUUCCCAGGCUGUAAUGUAAACACAGCAUUUUCCCUGAAAAGAAGGUAUUUACUGCAAAAUAGCGCAAAGGGAAUGAUUAUACUCCCUAGGAGAAAUACAAUAAACUUUAGUUGUUCUGGUGAUUAUAGUGUCCCUUUAACGUUCCCUUUGCUAAUAUUAGCACUGAUAUUAACAGAGGGAAAUCUUUUUGGAUUUGGAGUAAAUUAGGGAUUAAGAUUCUGUUUAUAUUUAAGAUUUAAAGGGUUUAGAACGAUUUUUAGGGUUGUGAUUAGGUUUCAGAUGCCUCUGCUGACAUAAGUUUAGGGAAUCCUUCUAACACCGUUUAUAAGGUUAGGAUUGAGAUUAAGGUUAAAAUUGGGUUUAGACAUAGAAUUAGGGUAUGGAGUAGGUCACGGGGUAGGCAACCUUUGGCACUACAGAUGUUGUGGAUCUCCCAUAACAAAGCAUCAUGGGAGGUGUAGUUCAAAACAUCUGGAGAGCUGAAGGUUGCAUAGGCCUAGUAGGAUUAAGGUUAGUUUAAUUAUUAGAGUGACACUGUAGUCACUAGAACUACAGCCUAAUGUAGUUGGUCUGGUGAGUAUAGUCAGUUCCUGAAGACUUUUACUGUAAAUACUGCAUUUUCAGAAAAAAAAGACGACCACUAGUGGGGCAGAGCCAAACACCACCCUGGCAAAUCAGCAUCUCCUCAUAGAGAUAUAUUGAAUCAGUGCAUCUCUAUGGGGAAAGUUCAGCGUAAACCCUCAACGUUGGUGCUGUACACUGUGCAGCACUGAUCCAGGAAGCACUUCUAGUGGCCACUGGAGAUGUUCCUAGGCUGUAAUGUAAAUGCUGCCUUUUCUGUUAAAAAGGCUGCAGGGACACGCUAUACUCACCAGAACAACUACAUUAAGCUGUAAUAGUUCUGAUGACUACUGUCCCUUUAAAUACAAUGCAAAUAAGAAUGUACUUAAAAAAAUUAGAAUAUACAUUUAUUAAAAAAAAUAUUAGACUAAAGGUAAAACGAAAAUAAGAAUGAACUACAUUGUUGAUUUUACUGACUUUAUACAAUUUUGUGUAAAUGUAUCUUCUCUCUGUGACGGAGCUUCCUUUCUCUGACCAAGUAUCUCCGCCAAGUCUGCUUCCUACCUGCUUUCAGGGUUCCUAGAACGCUUCAGCCCCAGUCAGCAAAGCAUGACUGGGUCGGUCCGUAACUCCUCCACCCAACUAGGCUGCAGCUCUCUCCUUCCAGGCAGGUAAUGCCUCCUUUGCCUAUUCCUCUGCAGCUCUGCUUCCAGACAAGUAUCCAUACCUCCACCUAUAAUGUGAUCAGCUACUGCCUUUAUAAAUGCACUUGCGGCUCUCCUGCCUAGCUUUCUUUGAAUUUUCCUGGUCUACAGGGACCAGGCAGCCAGUCAACAGGUACUGGGAUCCCUGAACAAACCAGACAGGAUACAUGGUUCCAAAUGGAACUAACACCAAUUUUAUUUUAAAUAAAUUAGAAAGAUUCCAUUUCUAGCUUUUGUUCAGUCUAUGUGCGUGGCUGCACCUCUCUUCCUUCUGGCCAUAGGUAAAUCUGAAAAGGGAAUGUAGUGAAGCAGCAUUAAUGUCCUCGAAUCUAACUGAGUAUAGGGUAACAUGACACGAUAAGAAGACAAUACAACGAAAUAUAGUGCAGUGAGUGAUAUUGAAUAAGAAGAAAGAAGUGCACUUGGGUUUCUGGAUCCUAGAAUUCGCUCCAGAUAUAUUCGCUUGGAUGGUAUGAUCGCUACCUAUGGAUAUACGGAUCGGUCCUGGUCUUUUGUUGGAGGAUAUCCUCCGAGAUGAGAUCAAAAAAUUGAGUAAUUAUGUGUCUGUGGCGGAGCUCCUGCACUUCAUCUGAGUACCCCCUGCCAAGUGUGCCUCCUAAUUGCUAUUAGGCAACCUGUAUUGCUUCAGACUCAGUUGCCGCAGCUUGACUGGGUUCCCUCCAGCGUUCAUCUACCCUGGACCAGGUUAUAGUGAAUAUAGCUCUGGAGUCCCUCUCCUAUCCAGAGCAGUGAUUAUAGCUUUUCCACUCCUACAUUAGAUGAGUCUAGAACACCCUUUAUUAAUCCACAACACACAUAUAACAAAACAAUACAAGUCGCUCCCCAGCGUCUAGGUGUCUAGGACAUAAUUAGGUUAACUGAAUUACCUGCCUAUCACCUAGACGCGUUGCACAAUAACUGUUAAACAGUAACAUAACAUUCCCUCUGUUUUACAUGUUCUAGAAUAACUCACUAAUAACAUAACAUAUCCUAACAUGCUAUACCUUGCUCGAAAGCCUGUGACCGUGCACCCAUACUGUCUUAAAAAAAAAAAAAAAAAACAACCCUGUGACCGGAGAAUUUGCGCCCGAGUUAUGAGCUGGUAAAAUUUUACUGGAUUGUGGCUAUUCUCCGAUCCGCUUUAGAGUUUGUAAUUCCUGGUCACAUUUUCCGGUGUUUAGCUGGUCUGGGGCAGCAAGCUCCCUCAAGUCCAAGGUGUCAUUCGAUUCCUAUCUUCCUCCCUUAUCUCCCCUCCAAAAAACGCUCUGAUAGGUGCCUCUGGGACCGAGAGCGCUCUCCUCAAAGUUUUACCGGCCAUUGACUAAGAGUUCCAAAGAGUUUGUGGGUUGCUCCCAGUCGGCACGCCGUGACUCUGUAGUCUCCCAGCCAGCUUAUGGUGAUGCCUGGGCCUUGGGAAAGGGGUGCGGAGUUGGGAGACACUGACUGAAAGGGUAACUGUGGUGAUUAUAGUCCUUUCAGGCAGGAGAUGGCUGGGAUUCCCACUCCAGUUGUUUGUAAUAGCAAUGUGAGUAAUAAAACUUCAGCAGACAAAACGGGUCUUUGCGACUAGGCCCGUAGUCUGGGCAGGAGGCUGGCAUUCACGCCUCUCCAAGAGUCUGUGGCACAGGAGUUCCCAUCACAGUGUCUAUUCCAGAUCUACUACUUUUAUACAUGCAUACCUCCCAAGUGAACCACUGUCUUUCUUUUCUAUCCUAAUGUAUCUCUUUCCAAGGAGCUCCAUAUUGUCUGAUUUGUAUAACAAAGAAAUCAGUCUGUGUAAAUAUUGUUCUCAUUCUUAAAUUACAUUUUAGUUCUAUAAAUUAUUAGGAAGUCUUUGCGAAUUUCUCAGAACAGCCACACUCCCACUUACACCCCGUAAUUUAAUGAAAUGUAGUAAUUUAUAUUUAGUGAUACAAAGUUGCUCCUCGAAAAUGAGUGUUAAAAACACUUGCCUGAUUCCAGUGCUGAAGUCCCUCUCAACUAGCUCAGUCAGCUGUCUCCAAUUCCACCGCAUAAUGCACAUUAGGACUUCCCCACAAAAAAUUAAUUGAAUUAAUGCUUUCUUACAGGGCUUUCUGAGACACUGGAUGUCCUCAUGCAGAGUGUGCGGACGUCCACUGUCCGUUACCGGACCAAAGUCUGUUAACAUCCAGGAAACGCCUCUAGUGGCUGUCUGGUAUAUAUCCAUUAGAGGCAGUCUUAGUGCUGCAAUAUAAACAUCACAGUUCUUCUAAAACUGCAAUGUUUUAAAUUGCAGGACUAAGUGGGACGGGGACACUGCACCAAGACCACUUUAAUGAACUGAAGUGGUAUGAGUGCCUAUAGUGUCCCUUUAAAGUGUCCCUCUUUGUUUGACAUGUUGGAAGGUAUGUACAGAGCGUACGCUGAAACCACAAGCGUUUCCAGCACCUUCCUGAUCUGCUCUACAAGAUUUUUAUAUAUUAAAAGUUUUUUUACGCUCCUUAACCACUUCACCUUGUUGAAAUGGUUAGGGUGCAAGGACAUUUAUUGAAACGCUGCCAGUAAAGACUUAUUAUUUUUCUGCUGGGGUAUAACUCCUCCUCCUGCAUCUGUCAGUCAUCUAGCCUGGAAAGAGAGUUCCUGGAUUGUUUUGCUGUGCAAGGUUUGCGCUCAUUGUCAAUAUGCAAAGUAUGGUGACUGUGAAUGUCCUGUGAUAUCUGACAUGGACUCCACAAGAUCUCUGAACGUGUCCUGUGGUAUCUGACACCAAGACAUUAGCAGCAGAUCAUGCAAGUUGCGAGGUGGGGCCUCCAUGGAUUGGAUUUGUUGUUCCAGUACAACCCAAGAUGCUAAAUUGGAUUGGGAUCGGGGGAAUUUGGAAUCUGAGGCCACUUUGAACUCUUUUUGUUAUGUUUCUCAAACCAUUCUUGAACAAUUAUUGCAGGGUGGAUUAUCCUGCUGAAAGAGGCCACUGCCAUCGGGGAGCACCAUUGCCAUGAAGAGGUGUAUGUGGUUUGCAGCAAUCUCUAUGUAAAUUGUACGCAUCAAAGGAACACCCACAUGAGUGCCAGGACUCAAGGAUUCUCAGCAGAACAUUGUCCAGUGCAUAAUACUACAACAGAUUGUGAUGCAUUGUGUGUUCUGACCCCUUUCUACAGUGGCUAGCAUACAUAAUUUUUUAGCCAUCAUGAACUACAGUAGUUCUUCUGUGUGAUCGGAGCACAUGGGCUAGCCUUUGCUCCCCACAUGCAUCGAUGAGCCUUAGGUGCCCCUCACCCUGACGUCCGUUCACUAGUUGUUCUUCUGUGCACUCAGAUCUCUUCACUUGCCUAUUUUUUUCCUGCUUCCAACACGUGAAAUUCAAGAACGGACUGUUCAAUUUCUUCCCAAUGUAUCCCACUCCUUACCGGAGUCAUAGUAACGAUAUAACAAAGUUUUUCCUGGGCAGAAAGGGAGGGGUCGGGUCAGCAUUGACUCAAGGAGCCAGUUCGAAGAUAAAACCAUAUCUAAAACGUGAACAUGACCUUGUUUUAAGUAAACUAGUAAAUUCAUAUUUUAUUUUUGUAAAUUUUAAUCUUAUACUUUAAAAUUAAAUAAGCUGUAGAUUUAAUAAACCGGUGUUUUCCUUGUCUUAUAUUUAAAAGACACAGGUGAAGAAAGGAAUAGAAUUAGUCGGAGGCUGGGUGUAAGAUAUUAGCAGGGGUUAAUGGAUGACUGGAAUCAGCAGAUAUAUUUUUUCCUUUAAAUCGUUCGUCAGACAGCAAUGAAAAAAAGUACAAGAUUGUUCAAAAUCAUCCUAUGACAUGGCCUGCUGUUUGUUUUUCAUAUAAAGAAAAAGAAGAGAAUGAGUGGGUAUUGAGAGACUGGUUGUGGGAUUAAUUUGUGUUGUUGCUGAUGGGAGCGAGAUUAGGCUGUGUUUAUUACUGAUGGGAGUGAGCCGGUGGUAAGACCGGGAGCAAGAUUACCCCAUGUUUAUUGCUGAGGGGAGAGAUACAAUGGUAACACCGGGAGCGAGAUUAGCCCGUGUUUAUUGCUGAUGGGAGAGAUACAGUGGUAAAACCGGGAGCGAGAUUAGCCUGUGUUUAUUGCUGAAGGGAGAGGUCCAGUGGUAAAACCGGGAGCGAGAUUAGUCCGUGUUUAUUGCUGAUGGGAGAGAUCCAGUGGUAAGACCGGGAGCGAGAUUAGCCCGUGUUUAUUGCUGAUGGGAGAGAUCCAGUGGUAAGACCGGGAGCGAGAUUAGCCCGUGUUUAUUGCUGAUGGGAGAGAUCCAGUGGUAAGACCGGGAGCGAGAUUAGCCCGUGUUUAUUGCUGAUGGGAGAGAUCCAGUGGUAAGACCGGGAGCGAGAUUAGCCCGUGUUUAUUGCUGAUGGGAGAGAUCCUGUGGUAAGACCGGGAGCGAGAUUAGCCCGUGUUUAUUGCUGAUGGGAGAGAUCCAGUGGUAAGACCAGGAGCGAGAUUAGCCCAUGUUUAUUACUGAUGGGAGUGAGCUGGUGGUAAAACAGGGAGCGAGAUUAGCCCGUGUUUAUUACUGAUGGGAGUGAGCCGGUAGUGUGAUGCUGGGUUUAGUUUUAGCAGUGUUUAUGGGUGAAGGUAAUGAGCUUUUAGUGAAAAUCUCAGAGUUGGACUAGAAAUGUGUCUAGGGAUUAGAUAAGAAGCUGCAUGUGGUGUGUAUUUACAUUUUUAAAUAUAAUAGGAAUUAGACAGUACUAUUCGAAUCAGUACCCAAUUGGCACAUGUUAUGGAGAAGUGGGGAGACGCCAAUGAUCGCAGCAAUAAUAGCAGAUUGGUUCAGAAUUAGGAUAUUGUUUUGCUUUGGGUAUGAACCAAUUUUAUGAGUGAAGAGAAGGAAAUGAGACAAGUUAACUGUGUGAAUGGGGAUCACCAGUACGAAAGGAAAGAGGCUAUAUAGCAGAAAGUCCCCAUUAUAAUACUUAAAGUACCCAAGUGAAUCAUGUUAAUUGAUUGAGACGAGGACUGAGCGUAUUGAUUCCUUAAAUCCGUGAUGUACCGUAUGUUCCUAGGACAUAGUAUAGUGAGAUCUUGCUCUCUGCAUAGAACAAGCAGCGGGGUGUGAUGUCUAAUAUUCUGUCUCAUUCCCUCCUCAUGCAGUUGCAGUCUCGCUGUGCAGCUGUCUCGAAUACGGGAGAGUGUCCUGAUCAUAUCCACAGACCCCGCUCACAAUAUUUCUGAUGCCUUUGACCAGAAGUUUUCCAAGGUUCCCACAAAAGUCCGUGGUUAUGACAACCUCUUUGCUAUGGUGAGUUGGCCCAGGAGCUCUCCAAAUUUGAAGCCGGGCCGUGUGGUCACCAUAGUCAUGUUCAAUACUUCCAGUUAGCAGUUCAUACAUGUUUUACCUCACUCUCAUGCUGAUCUCUUUAAAUUCUGCUGUAACGCAGGAGAUUGACCCGAGUCUCGGGGUGGCAGAACUCCCAGAUGAGAUAUUUGAGGAGGACAACAUGCUGAGUAUGGGCAAGAAGAUGAUGCAGGAGGCCAUGAGUGCCUUUCCAGGGAUCGAUGAGGCUAUGAGCUACGCAGAGGUUAUGAGGUAAAGCUGAGCAAUGUGAGCUGUUACUUUUAUAGCGGUUUACAAAAGUAGAUAUAAAUUAUGGCACGUUUGGAGGUAAAUUGUAAACCUUAAGUAGUCGCCAUGGUAACAAAGCGCAUUCUCCUGUAGAACACUGUCAAGUUGGGCUCCUGUGGACUAUUGUAAAGCGUUAAAGUUUAACCCAGAAUGGAAGGUACCCCAGGCACUAUAACCACUUCAAUGAGAAGCAGUUACACUGUCCCUUUUAAAUAGCAAUGUUUUACAUUGUCUGUGACAAGGGGUAGCAUCUAUGCAUUAAAACUCUACAUUGAUGUGGUUUUAAUGCAGUGGGUCACUGUAACCAGUCUGCACAUUCAAUACUGACAUAACCUCUGCUCGCAAAACGUAUGAAUGGAGUUUGAUAUUCUGUACAGACACAACUUCUGGAAUAAAAGGGAAUCAUGACGGAAUAUUCCCGUCAUCUGUCCUUAAGGGGUUAAAACUGCUAAUGUUGCUGCCCCCUUGUGGAUUAGUGUCCAUCAUGCAAUGACUGUGGCUGUUGUCUCCAGCUAGUGGUUGGUUGGUCCUUUACUCUAUGAUUAUGAUUGUCGCCACACUGCUAGUGGAUAAAGAGGAAAGAAUUGCCCAGAUCCUCUGAGAGUUAUUGAGCAGUGGUUAUGGUAUAAUCAUGACUGACUGUAGAGAAUAGUUUAUUUGGAGUCAGAGCUCUAGACUGGCAUUAGAAAUGUUAUUUUCAAAAACAUCAGGCUCUGUUUAAUAUUCUCAGCAGACCGCUCCUAUUUAAAUAAUACUUGAAAGGUUUUGGUAUCUCUCCUGGCGGUUGUUAUCCAAGUGACUGUACUUAAUGUAGUAAUGGUAUAUUGGUAUGAAUCCGUUUUAAUAUGGAGUGAUAGAUGCACUCUGUAAGUGGGAUAUAUCCAGUGUCUAGACAUGUAAGGGGUGCCGGAUGUCUGAUCGUUAGAAGUUGAGUUAAGUACAUCUCUCAUGGUCAUAAGUUUCUCAAUGGGAGAAACGGUCCAUCAUUACACCCUGCUGUGUUGCUGAAUCUCUGUGUGAAGGGUGAUGCAUGCACCAUGAGUUGGUGUGACUGAUGGUGAUGCACUAGAGCAGGCAUAGGCAACCUUCGGCACUCCAGCUACACCUCCCAUGAGGCUUUGCCAGCAUUAUGGGUGUAAGAGCAUUAUGGGGGAUGUAGUCCACAACAUCUGGAGUGCCAAAGGUUGCCUAUCCCUGCCCUAGAGUCUGGCUCUGGAACAUGUCAAACAAUGGUCUAAGUCAGGGGUUCUCAACCCAGUCCUCAGGACCCCAUACCAGUCCAGGAUUUGGGGAUUACCUGAGUGUGUCUAAGGUGUUUAGAAAAAGGGAAGAAAAAAAAACCUUAGACUCUAAGGUGUUUUUUUUUCUUCCUUUUUCUAAACACCUUAGACACACCCAGGUAAUCCCUAAACCCUGGACUGGUAGGGGGUCCUUGAGGGCAAGGUUGAGAACCCCUGGUCUAAGUGGACGAACGUUUAUGACUUCAUAUCAUGAGUGCUACUUUUGUGUGCCGGUGAUACUUUCUCUUUCUUUUUAACUCUUCCAUGUCUCAGUUAAUAUGUGAAGUUUUUAAUAAAAGAAAAUAACUUUUCUCUUUAAAGUCUGUUUGUAAAUGUUUGUCCCUUACAGGCUGGUGAAAGGCAUGAAUUUUUCAGUGGUGGUCUUUGAUACAGCACCCACUGGACACACACUGCGACUCCUCAACUUCCCAACUAUCGUAGAGAGAGGUCUUGGGAGAUUAAUGCAAAUCAAGAACCAGAUUAGCCCUUUCAUAUCACAAGUGAGACUUCUAUCCCUUCAUUAACUCUUUCACACCCACCCACUCUGAUAGUAGCUAAAGAAUCUCUCUCCCUUUUCACUAGAUGUGUAACAUGCUUGGUCUUGGAGAUAUGAAUGCUGAUCAGCUUGCAUCCAAGCUAGAAGAGACCCUUCCUGUCAUCCGAUCGGUCAGCGAACAGUUUAAAGAUCCGGUAAGAGACUUCUUACAUCACUCACUGGUAGGGACAUGCAUCACUGAAACACUGUCUCCUUCAAAAGCUUAUGCUUUCCACACCCACUCCAGGGGGACACUUCUCUAACCAAUCAGUGUUGUAUCCCUAGGAAUGGUGGGAAAAGUUCAUUAGGCAUGCCUCACCGAUUUACACAUGUAUAGAUAGAAUCUGUAAUCCCAUUGUACAGUGCUACGGAAUAUGAUGGCUGUAUAAAUAAUAGAAGAUCUCUUUAUGUUGAAACAUUCUGUCAGGGGGAGAAGAGAGGGAGUCUGUGUCAUGAAGAGCUGGCUAUGCUUUCUGGUCUCUCCCUCCUGCUGCUAGGUCUCUUCCUGUCCGCCCGCACUUCUCAAGCCUCACCCUUCUGUCUCUCCCUACAUUGGCUUCCUGUAAAAUAUAGAGCUCAAUUUAAAAAUCUGGUUCUUGCUUUCAAAUCUCUACAUAAUGCUGCUCCCACCUAUCUAUCCUCCCUUAUACACACGUAUGUCCCGUCUAGGCCCAUACGAUCUGCUGAAGACUUACGCCUAUCUUCUGUCCAUACUCCCACCUCUGAUGCUCCCCUUCAAGAUUUCUCGAGGGCAGCACCAUUCCUGUGGAACUCACUUCCCUCCUCCGUUAGAUGCUCACCCAGUCUCCACUCCUUCAAAAAAAUAGUUAAAAACCCACUUCUUCAUAAAAGCCUAUCAAUUAAAGUGUUAAUAGCUCCUGACUGAUUCCUCUUCUGCAACUGUCACUAGUCUAAUACUAUCCUUACCUUUUUGUGUCAUUUUACCCCACUCCCUCUAGCAUGUAAGCUCAUUGAGCAGGGCCCUCAACCCCUCUGUUCCUGUGUGUCCAACUUGUCUGGUUACAACUACAUGUCUGUUCGUCCAUCCAUUGUAAAGCGCUGCGGAAUUUGAUGGCCGCUAUAUAAAUAGCAUAAUAAUAAUAAAACACAGGACAUUGUUUCCAUGCAACUGCUCUUCAGCAUGAGAUACCCUGGGGGAACAGCAAACUAAAAUGUUCACAACCUCUCUCUGUCCCCGCCCCUCCAACUGGGCCGCUCUGCCUCUAAAUGCCCAGGCCAAUUUUUUUUAUUUUUUUUUCCCCAGUCUGGCCCUGGUGACCUAUUGUAUCGCCUCCCCCCAAACCUCCCACACACAUUAGUCGAGCCUGAAUUCUGGGAGUAGAUCUGUUUAAUGCAGGCAAGCACUCACAAUUUAUACACACCAUAAACUCCUCCCCUGUGCCUGAGAGAUAAUUGAGUCAGGAAACGUACAACUCAAUUAUCCCCCAGGUACAGGAAAAUAUAAAAAAAUUAAAAACCCUAAAAGUACCCCCAAAAUUCAUGUAAACCCCCUCAAGAGUCACAUCCCCAGAUAGCCCUGAUCUGAGUGCUUAACAUAUCCAAAAAGCACUUCGAUCUGUUCAGUGGUUUGGAAGUUCCAUCGAGGUACAGUUAUGACUGGCUGGCCACGAGGUAGAAGCCCAAAAUAGUUCCAGAGGAAUUGUGGCAACGGACGUUUUUUGUUUUUGUUUUGUUUUGUUUUUGUAUGAAAGCAAUAUCCGAACGCUUUUAAGUGUCGAAUGCUCCCCCCCCCGCCCCAUUCGGUAGUUUAUAUCUCCUGUAUGCCGUUUGUGUAGGUUGUCGGGAACUUGAACGGGCAGCAGUUCCAUAUUCACUGGUAUUGGCGGGAGUGCCUAACAGAAUUAAGUUCUAGGCACUCGAUGAGCAGGUACCGCUGGCUGCGUUUGGGAGACCAGAUGUCCGCCAUCCCUUCUAUAGACCAUGUGCGUUCGAUAACACAAAAGGGCGGCCACCCAGGGGAGUCUUUUAGUGAUUGUUUCCAUUGUGGUUUUGCACUGGAUACAGUGUUCCAUGUUCUAAUAAGGUGCUGGGGUGGUCCUCAUUCUGGAACUGAACUACGUGGAUUCAAACAAGCAAACGAACGGGAAGGAAACUGAACUAAAUGAUGGGGUAUUCCUUCACAACCCCAGGCUAUAUUUUAACAACUAGCUAAAGCUGUACCUUUCUUAAAUAAUGUUAUAGUAUGUGUUACAUCAUGGAUGGAGAUUUAUCAAGGUAAAAACGGGUGCUGUUCUAGGAUAAAAGCAAAGGAAGGGUCAAUCGCCAUGGCAACCAAUAGGACAUCUUGUAGUAACAUUUAUCACUUUUGCACCCAAAAUCCCACCAGUUUUAUCUAGAUCAACAAAGCAAACACAAACUUGAGGUAAAUGUGAAGAUUACCAUAUACGCAACAAAUCUGAUUCCUGGCUUUCUAUUGAUGACCUUGUGCAGUCAACCUUUAAAGAGAUAAGGGUGCAUUUUAAUGCAUUUGCGUGUGAACAUACUUGUAACUUGUUGCCCUUGUUUUCUUUGUUUGUGCAAGGCUCGUAGAACCACCUGCCAACUGCAGACACAAUAACAAGUGCCUAGGUAAACAUCAACUCCCAGAUUUAUUAGGAGCAGUCGUACAUCUAUAUAAAAUCGCCACCACUAAAUAAAAUAUGGAAAACCACCUACAAGUCAUGUUAAAACCUUUUUGGAUGUUGCGAUUUAUUUUUUCAUUUACAUUUUAGAUUUAGCAAAUCACAUGAUAAUCUAGUUCAAGGCAAGACAAUGUUUAAAACCUUAAAUAAUGUCUAGAAGGUAAUCUACACUCUUAAAAAUAGCAAAUCAUUUGCACUAAAGGGACACUGUAGUCAUCAGAACAACUACAGCUUAAUGAAUUUGUUCUGGUGAGUAGAAUCAUUACCUUCAGGCAUUUUGCAGUAAAAUGUGUGUUUUCAGAGAAAAUGCAGUGUUUACAUUACAGCCUAGUGAUCACUUCACUGGCCACUACUCAGAUGGCUCUUAGAGGUGCUUCCUGGGUUAGUGCUGCACAGUGUGACUGACAUUCAGUGUCUCUACCCUCUGCAUGGAGAAACUGAACUUUCCUCAUAGAGAUGCAUUGAGUCAGUGCAACUCUAGGGAGAUGCUGAUUGGCCAGAGCUGUGUCUGGCUUGUGCUGACUCCUUUCCUGAUCUGCCUCCUUGACAAGCUCAGCCAAUCCUAUGGGGAAGCAUUGUAAUUGGCUCAAAACACAACUUCUGAUGUCCGCCAAGCAGGCAGAUCAUGGGCAGAGGCAUCAGCUGCAGACUUGAAUAAAAGUAAGAUUUUACUAUAUUUAGUGAGGCAAGAGGGGGGCCAAGGGGGCUAGAUGGUGGUUUUAACACAAUACGGUCAUGAAUAUAUGUUUGUGUUCAUGACCAUAUAGUGUUCCUUUAAAAUACAAUUUAUGAAAUAGACUUUCUAGUAUGGAAGGAAUCUCUGCUGCAUUGGGAAAGGUGUGUUGCUACGCUAAAUAAGUUGUAGGCUUCUAUCCCUGAGCUGAACUUAAAGUUGUCACUUUUAAAGGAAAGCUGAUGGUUUGGUGGAGCGAAGCCUUGUUCAUGUAACUUAUCUCCCAUGUACAGGAACAGACGACAUUUAUCUGCGUGUGCAUUGCUGAAUUCCUGUCGCUGUAUGAGACGGAGCGCCUGAUCCAGGAGUUGGCCAAGUGUAAAAUAGAUACUCACAACAUUAUUGUUAACCAGCUGGUGUUUCCGGAGCCUGAGAAGCCAUGCAGGAUGUGUGAGGCCAGGCACAAGAUUCAGUCCAAAUAUCUUGACCAGGUACAUAGCUUGUUUAUAAACAUCAUUUUGGGGUGCAUAUCACAUGUAACCUAGCCAUGCUGCAGUUAUAGAGUAUGCCGCUCCAAAUACAGGGUGUCAGACAGGAGGGCGCUAUUGGACACAAUGUCUUCAAAAUGUCUGAUUGUCCCAGCACGGGGCGACACAGACAGUAGGGAGGUAUUGGAUAUGGAGUCUGUCCCUCCCAGCACAGGGUGACACAGACAGGAGGGAGGUAUUGGAUAUGGAGUCUGUCCCUCCCAGCACAGGGUGACAUAGACAGGAGGGAGUAUGGGAUAUGGAGUCUGUCCCUCCCAGCACAGGGUUACACAGACAGGAGGAAGCUAUGGGACAUGGAGUCUGUCCCUCCCAGCACAGGGUGACAGACAGGAGGGAGCUAUCGGGCAUCUAGUUUGUCCCUUAAAGUCUUUAGAUAAUUAUAUUACAUACCUGUUAGUGUAUUGCUAUUAAAAAGACUUGUGUUUUGGCUGAUGUAAAAAAAAAAAAAAGCGGUAUUAUUUGUACAUUUCUAAUUUUGUUGGGGUGUAAGUUGUAACUUUCCCUGCCCUUCUCUUUCAGAUGGAGGACCUUUAUGAAGAUUUCCACAUUGUGAAGCUUCCUCUUCUCCCACAUGAAGUCCGAGGUGCAGAAAAUGUGAAUACAUUUUCCAACCUUCUCCUAGAGCCCUACAACCCUCCCAGUGGGAAGUAAUGAGUGGAAAUGCGAGGGGCUGUGUGGAAUAUAUUGUUGUUGUUGCAUAAACACUACACCAGUUUAAUAACGAGUGGAGGGCCAGACAUAUCUAAUUAAUCUACCCACUCCAUCCCCUCCCACCUCUCAUCCAGCACUCUCUCUAGCCUUCAUGUCUGCCCCCCUUCAUUAGAGGGGUGGUUUCUAUUUAUUCAUUCUGGUAUUUGGGGACCUGAGCGCUUCAAAUUCUCACUGAUGUUUAUGUUGUCUCUGUCUCCAGUUGUGUGCCUACCUGUCUCCCAGUCUGUUUUCUCUUGUUUCCGCUAACUCUUAAGGAUAUGGACAUACAAACCGGCACAGAGCAUGACUAAUAGACAAACUGUACUUUCAUUGCAUUGACUGUCCACUUCUUAUCCUUCCUUAAACACUGGUAGGGAGGGGGUGCGCAAGUAUUAAGUUCUGUUUAUAAAACUGGAGUGUUUUUAUAUAUUCAGAAUAACAAGCCGUUGCAACACCCUUAUGACCAGUGGACGGAUUUUCUGAAUUUACUCCAUCAGCAGACGAUGAUGGACUUACUGCCUUAGGCCCUGUUACUGUAUUACAGUUUCCAAAAUUUGUCAAGGAAUUAUGGGAAAUGUAGUCCACUAGCGGCUGGAGAACCGCCAAGUUUAGAAAGAAACCCCUAUUUUUAGUCACAAUUGUUGUAUCAAUGUUCUCCAUCUGUACAGUGCAAGUGAUCAGGAUCUCCCCUGGAGAAGGUUGGAACUGUAGGCAUGAUUUCUGUAACAGGUAGAGGCUUCCUGAGGAGUUGCUAAAGGAAGCUGUUUGCAAAUAGGUAGCAUGAUGUCAUGUCACAGAUGUUUUGCCAAAUUCCCUUCCUUUCUACGAGGGAAUAAAGAAUAAUUUAGACCAUGCAUUGGGUGUGAUAUCUUUUGGAUUCUGCAAAUAGUAUUUUACAUGUAUACAGAAUGGUUACCUUCGAAGUACGGCAGGGAAAUUAACUGUGAAUACUUAGCAAUUCUAAUUUUAGUGAAUUUUAAUAUUAAGGCCAAAUUAACCGAACUAGAAACCUUUCAGUUCAGCUACUGUGGUCUUAAAUUUGAAAUUCACUUUGCCUUCCGGACCAUUCUCCUCACCUUACUGAAUAACCUUGACUGAUAGAGGUGAGGGACUCACACAGACUGCUCUGGACAACACCUUUACUGCAUGUCCGGUUACUCCGAGCAUCUAAAGUUCCUUAUGUCUGGUAUAAGACUCCAUUUUGAGGUAUAACCUGCACUGUUCUAACAUAGCUCCUGACCAUUUUAAGUAAAAGAUUAAUUUAUUAUCUAAUAGAUUUUAUGCUUACAUGUUGUGUUUUUUCUUUUUAAAGUGGUUUUAGCUUAUAUUGUUGCGCAGCCCGGAUGCAAGAUAAUGGAAGCCAUUGUGAACCAGAUUGCCCUGGCACAGCUAAGGCAUGCCAUGUAAAUUAAUUCAACCCCCAUGUUGUUGUUCAGGGGGCAUGCACACAUACAGUGCUAUGGAAGGAAUGCCCAUUCCUGCAUGUGCUCCAACAACAUUUUUCAUCUGAUUAUGUUUGAGUGCCCCCAGAGCAUCGAGUGGUAAUAAUAUUGCUCUGAACAUGAAGGUCUGUGGAGGUAUCUGUACUUUUAAUUUACAUCUGCCACAGUAACCCCUGUAAACACAUUAAUACCAUUUAAUGGAGGCAGCGAAUGUGAAAAUAUCACUGUUAAGUGACUUUUCCUUUAAAAGUGUGCAUCCAAAUUUACUGUGUAAGACAUGUUUUGUAUUUAAAUUUAAUGUUGGGCACAUAUUUACAUACUCAACCAACUCUCAGCUGUAAUUUUAUUUUAACUUUGUUUGCACUUAUGUCUUACAAUGAUAAUGUGAUACAAUACACAAAACAUCAAACCGCAUGGACCAAAAACAAUUAAAAUAAUCAGUUUUGAUGAGAAUGUAAAUGCAUGUACACUGAUCAGCCACAACAUUGAAGGGACAUAAUAGUCUCCAAGCUUUAAUUAAGCUGUUUUGGUGUAUAGAUUAUGCCUUUGAAGUUUCACUGCCAUUUAGGAGUUAAAUCACUUUGUUUCUGUUUAUGCAGCCCUAGCCACAUGGCUGUAACUGACACAGCCUGCUGUAACUGACACAGCCUGCAAGAAAACAAAAUGGUUUGAUUUUCAAUCAGAUGUAACUUACUUUAAUUGGUUUUAUAUCUUGCUCUGUAAAUGGAACUUUAAUCACACACAGGAGGCUAAUGCAUGGGCUAAGAAAUGUUAAAUUGAACUUAAUUUGCAAUAAAGGAACUGUAAACAUUAGAUGACUCUUUACAGGAAGUGUUUAGGAAGGUUGUGUAAGUCACAUGCAGGGACGCGUGACUAUGGCUGCAUAAACAAAGUGAUUUAACUCCUAAAUGGCAGAGAAUUGAGCAGUGAGACUCCAGGGUCAUGAUCUAUACACCAAACCUGUUUCAUUAAGCUAAAGUUGUUUUGGUGACUAGAGUGUCACUUUAAAGCCACCUGCCUAAUAUUUUGUAGGUCCUCCUUGUGCUGCCAAAACAGCUCUGAUGUGUUUAGGGAUGGAUUCCACAAGACCUCUGAACGUGUCCUGUGGUAUUUGGCACCAAUACCUUAGCGGCAGAUCCUUUAGGUCCUGCUAGCUGUAAGAUGAUUCCGCUUACAAAAUUAUUGGGGAAUGGUGCCAGGGUCCUUCUAGCAACAUAACUAUUACUAUUAUAACUUGAGCAACGCUUUAAGGUUGGUUUGAAUAUUUGAAUUCUCAGUAAAUGAUGAAUGUUCUACAUGUUAAUUAUAGAAAAAAGGGAAUUGGGGGGCACAUGCAUUUUGCAGUAGUACACCAUAAAGAACCACUGUAGGCACCCAGACCAGUUCAGCUCAAUGAGGUGGUCUGGGUGCCAGAUCCCCCUAAUUUUUAUCCUGCAGCUGAAAACAUAGCAGUUUUAGAGAAACUGCUAUGUUUACAUUGAGGGUUAAUCCACCCUUUAGUGGCUGUCUCCCUGAGAGCCACUAGAGGCAGCUUGCGCGAUUCUCACUGUGAAAAUCGCAUUGAGGACACGCUGACAUCCAUAGGAAAGCAAGGAGUAAUGAUUUCCUAUGGGCGGUUUGAAUGCGCUCUCAGCUCUGGCUGCGCAGGUGGAGCUGAUGGCAGGGGGAGCCCAGCUCUGGAUUAAGGGAAGUGGCUGAAGGGGUUUUAAUGCCAGGAAAAUUGGUUUGUUUUCCUGGCACUAUAGUGCUCCUUUAAGGAACAGCACACAAAUGAAUACCAUUUUAAAUUUCACUAGGCUACUUAAAAUCACCCAUCUUGGCAAACUAAUAUGGAUAUUCAGUUAUGCCACAUGGCCAUGUUGUGUUAAGCCCACCAUUACGUCACAGUGUGAGACAAACAUGCUAACUGCAAUAGUUACGGUUUAAAUAGCCCGUGCUAAAUGAUUAUAGCUUAACCGCUUAAGGACACACGUGUGACAUGUCACGAUUCCCUUUAAUUCCAGAAGUUUGGUCCUUCCAAGUGCAUUUUAAAUAUAUAUCAUAUGAUAAAUAUAUGUAAGCAAAAACACAAUAAAAAAAAAAAAAAAAAGUGCAAUUACUAAUGGAAGUGACAGUGCUUUUAUACAUAAACUGACAAUGUAUGUAAUAAUUCCACUCUAUAUCAAAUACAAAAUAUUAAAGUGACACUGCUUUAAAAAAAAAAAAAAAAAAACUCUCAAAUUUAUAUUUUCCUGUUACCAUUAAAGGGGUAUCUAAAGUAGGUGAAUGGGGCCGGGUACCGAACCCAAAAUGAAUCGUGUCUGGACUCCAUUUAUACACAGAAAAAAGGAAAUUGGUGGCACACCUGAACAUGAAUUUAUCAACAGUGGUGCUGAGUGGUCUAUAUGCCUGCCUCCCCCACUCCUGAUUUUCUUUGGUACCUACACCAAUCAAUGGAGGACUCUGUCUGCUGACCUCAGCCAAGGCUCAUCUAGUACCUUUAGCAGCGGUGCCCAAAAGGUAAAUCCCCAGAUGUUUUAAAACUACAGCUUCCAUGAUCCUCUGCCAAGCUAAAGUCAUGCAAAGCAUCUUGGGAGUUGUAGUUCUACAACAAUUAGUUUGAUGUUUAAACAAAUACCCAGAGGUUGGGUGGUCUGACCGGGUUUUUUACGAAAGUGAUAAUCGUUGAAUUCAACAUGAAUUGCAAGUUUGAAGCCAAAGUAGCUGAACCCGAAGCAUAGCUUACUUGGAGAAUUUUUCCAAUUCGGCUAUUUUGGCCUUACGUUUAAUAUUCAUUUUUGAUUCCUGGCAAUUCUCUCUUUAGUAGGUUACCCUGUAAGACUACCAAAGUCCCUUGAUAAAAGACCCCUAUUGUGCACCACCUAAGAGAAUUUGCAGAAAAAUGCUGCUAACGCGGGUUAUUAAUCACAUAGUAAAGAUGUGCUGGGGUAGUGCACCCAGAUGUGCAGAGAUGGAGGGAGCCAGGGAACAAUAGUAAUUUGUAAACCUGAUUUAAAUCAGGAGUAGGAACUGUGGAUGGCAAGUUCACCUUCCAGGUAUAGAUCUGAUCUAUACAGUGCCCUGCCUCAGGGCAGACACUAUAACCACACUGCAUCCAGAUAUCAUGUAUGGGGAAUACAAAACUUACACCCCUGACCACACCUACCCCCAACGAGGCUACCCUGCAACCAGCUUGGGUCCCUCACUGUCGCUAGUCUGAAUAUUGUCUUAAUUGGGGAUUGGGGCCCCGAGCUGGAAAAGUACCCAGUGAGGAGUACCAGGGCAUUUUAAUGAUUUGCCUAAGGGCCAAUAUAGGUAUAAUUCCUGGGGUUUCCUGUGGUGCUCACCCACUUGUAAGGUGUCAUUUGAAAGCUCUGGACCCGCUCUGUCAGCUACAUCCCAUUAAAGUUUCAGCGGGUUGUGCCAAAGUUUCUAUCAGUUCAGCACAGAUUCUAGGAUUGUCACAGGUGUCCUCAUAGCACUUUGGCUUGGGAAGGCCAGGAUAGGUUUCCCUGACACCGUGGCCAGUAAGCGCAGGGUGACGUGGACCUAAAAGGGGACUGGGAAGCUGAGAAAGGGAGUUCCCCAUGAAUCUGCCAUGGCCCCCUCUGAAACUCAAACCUACCCACAAAUGUCCCCAUUCGUAGGGGGUUAUCGUGAUAAUCGCACAUUCCAACACGAUAUCUGGAACCCUGUGUUUCUAGCCCAGGAUAGUUCCUAUAACAGUGCCCUUUAAUUCUAGAGCCGUUAAAUGUCAAUAACAACGGACCUGUCAGGGGUUAUGGAAGCAAUAGUGUAUUCCAUAUUAAGAUUACACUGAAUUAAAAAUAAAGGUUGGGCAGGGACACGUUACAGCUUGAUAUGUACCACAGAACAAUGGAAACAUAUACGGUAAUAUCGAUUGGUUUGUGUACGGAUCUGACAAUGGCUACAAAUGUAAAAGAAAAUGUCUAGGUAAAUGCACCUAAGAAUAUAAUCUCCCCCUGCCUCCCCCAUUUCAAACCAAGUAUUCUACAUUGUUUCUGAAUAACUCUAAAACUGACUAUGAGAGGCUGGCGAGAACAAUUUGCAAAAUGCAAUAUACUCUUGACAAUAUUUAAAUGUAAUUACCAUGUAAAACAGAAUGUGUCAUGUCAUGUAUCCCUUUAAGAUGACAUUUUGACUUGCUGCCU